ACACUCAUAUGGCAUUGUUUUGCUUUACGGCACAUCCUGUUCUUCUCUCUCAUGGUCCAGACUGUACUGUUGUACCAAGGCCAGUUCACCUUGCUGCUGCACGCUCUCUGGAGUCUGGUUCUCCUUGUUCUCGUCCAUGGUCAAGUCCAGGUCCACUAUGUCUGAACUUUUUAUGGAGUGUGUGGAGGAGGAGCUGGAACCGUGGCAAAAACAAGUUCCUGAAGUUCAAUUGGUAGAUGACGACGACGAUGAUGAACCCAUCUUCGUUGGAGUGCUCUCUAAUAACCAGAAGGAUGGUAAGCCUAACCCUCUACCACCUCCUCAGAGGAACAGUGCAGCAAAACUAGAACUAAAGCAUCUUGUUCCUAAGCUGGUCAGUGACUCUCCAAUAAUGCUGCCAUUGGGUCUGACUGGAAAGGCAGUGAACACUGCAGCACCCAAUCUGACAACAGUGACCCCACAGCCUGUUAUGGUCAAUAACCAGGGCUUUAUUGUCACUUCUCAACACUUAGCAAACAGCAGUGAGUUUAUUGCCUCUCUUGGGAGCCACUACCCUCCUGGGACUUCAUUUACAAUUGUACCAGCUGGUCAGCAGCAUCUUUUUCAGCAGGUCACCUCAGCCGCAUUAAUGCCUGGUGCUGUCCACAGGCCGCAGGUGCAACAAAUCAGCAACAAUGUUGUGACGUUGUCCAACGUGCAGAGUCCUGCCGUGUAUUCAGCUCAACUCAACCGCUCCAUCUCACAAUCUUUUCAGACCUUUUCUAUGCCUGUAAAGGCCACGAACAAUAACAGAGAUCAAAGCUUAGGCAAACGAGUAUUACCACCACAGCAAAUGGACAGCGCAGCAAAAAGAGCCAAGAUUGAUUUGGGGACGUCAAACGUAACUGUUCCAGCAGAAAACGGGAUCUUAAAGAGAAAGUGCCUUAAGUGUCAAGAAGAAUUCCUCACACAAGAGGCCCUGAAAUUUCAUAUGGGGAGCUGCUGUACAAUUAUGGAAGGUACUCAAUCAUCCCUGAAUAUUGGUGCAAACAAGCGCAUCAUGCUGGUCUCAGAGUUCUACUACGGACGGUUUGAGGGAGAUGGGAACAAAAAGGAGGCGCAGAAGCCAAACACCACUUUCAAGUGCCAAAGCUGUUUAAAAGUUCUCAAGAACAACAUCAGGUUCAUGAACCACAUGAAGCACCAUCUGGAGCUGGAAAAGCAGAACAGCGAGAGCUGGGAAAGCCACACAACUUGCCAGCAUUGCUAUCGACAGUACAAUACUCCAUUCCAGCUGCAGUGCCACAUCGAGAGCGCUCACAGCCCGAUCGAAUCCUCAACCAAUUGCAAGAUAUGUGAACUGGCGUUUGAGUCGGAGCAAGUUCUCCUCGAACACAUGAAGGACAAACACAAGCCCGGCGAAAUGCCCUAUGUCUGCCAGGUCUGCAAUUACAGAUCCUCUUUCUUCUCAGAGGUGGAGACACAUUUCCGAAGUGUCCAUGAAAACACAAAAGACCUGCUCUGUCCCUUCUGUCUCAAAGUUCUGAGAACUAGUCAUAUAUACAUGCAACACUACAUGAAACAUCAGAAAAAAGGGAUCCAUCGCUGUGGCAAAUGCAGACUAAAUUUCCUCACCUGCAAGGAAAGAGUAGAGCACAGGACUCACUUCCACAGGACUUUCAGAAAACCUCAUGCCCUGGAAGGCCUUCCUCCGGGAACAAAGGUGACCAUUCGAGCCUCGCUUGCAGCGAAGACUCCCACAUACUCUGAUCAAUCUGGCUUUAUUGUCGGUCCAGAAACCCAAAGUUUCAAUCAGAAAACCAAACCUCCAGUCAGUGUAUCCAAGUCCAAGUCAAAUGUCUCUGGAGCAGGAAAAGCCAAGACGACUCUGAGCAAGAAGCAAGAUGGCCGAACUAAUAAACACAAUCUGGCGCUCAAGGAUCUCAGAGUCAAUGGAGGGUGGUUCACGUGCAUCGAGUGCAACACUCAAGUCGACGACUUCUUUUCUCAUUUCCCAAUGUUUUCAUAUUGUGGUGCGUGCAAAUAUCGGACAAGUUGCAAAGUCUCUUUUGGGAAUCAUAUGAUACGGUUUCAUAGCACCAUAACCAAAAACAGAUUUUGGAAAAUGGAUCAUAAGAAAAAUUCAUCUGCAUUAAAAUUCACCCUGGUCUGUCUCAACUGCGACCUCCUCGUGGACGCAUCGGGCGGUGACCUGAUGACCAAACAUUUAACUGAUAGGCCAAAUCACAAAUGCAAAGUCAUUCAGGAGAAAGAUAUCAAAGCCAAUGAUCGAGUGCAACUCGCCCUGAAGCAGCCUGCAAAAGUCUUGUACCUCUUGAUGCCGGCGACUGCUCAAAAACCAAAGGAAAAGGACGGGAAACUAUUGGACAAUUGCACAUCUGGAAACGUUACUGUCGCCCCAGUUGACCGACCAGAGUCACAGCCGAUGUUACCAAAAGCUGAUCCAGAAAAGGGUCCCACAGAAAUGGCUGUCAUUGAAGGUUCCUCUGAAGGACACUCAAAGCAGUCGUCGCUGCCCACGAUAUUGCCUUCAGAUGGAGUUUUAGAUCUCUGUGACAAGUCGGUGAGUACUGAGAACCGAGAUGUCGGAGAGCAGCUCCCUGAGCAGGAGACGGGGUACCAACAAACUAAAUCAGAAUGAACCAGUAAACAAUGCUCCCGACACAGAGAUUACUGCACAUUUAAGAAUAACUGCUUCAUCAGUUGGCAUUGUUUCUAUUACAAAGAUCAAACGUGAUCGUGUUGCUUUGGCUGCUGGUAUUUGCUCCGAACACCCUCAAGAUGCAUGUGUUUGCCAAGUACAUGUCAACAACCGGUCAAAAAUAUUUCAUCAUAGUGUUUUUUUGUUCUCUUCUGUAAAACCUCCAUUACCUAAAUAGAUGUCAAGUGUCUUUGUAUUUAUGAAUAACAGUACAUACACUGCAGUCUUCUUAGUUUACCUAUAAACCACAGUUAAAUAAUGUGUAGAGUCCUACUUUUAAACAUCAGAAAUUAAACUUAAAUGAUUGUGGCCCAUUUGGUAGUCAUCUGGUUGAUGUUGUCCUUAAGAAAACCAUCGGACAGUAUUCUGCUCCUCAGGAUUGUUUAUUUGCUUAACUGAUAAAGUCAAUGACUUGACUGGUAAAACUCACUCAGUGGGUCUGAAUAUUUAUGCUCACAUUCUCUACGGUGAUUUAUUGAUGCAAUUUAAAUUCUCAAUGCAGUCCCCUUAAAAGUACAAAUAAUUAAAUAAUGUAAUGCCUUUUUAUUCCUAUUUUUUUAAUCCGUUUGGGUCCCGUCUCCAUCUGAGAUUUAUUUUGGCACUGUUAUCUUGGUUUCAAUUUCAUGUUUGCUUGGGCUUUUGAGACAUCAACGUUGUUGAAUCUUAUAUAUAUAUAUAUAUAUAUAUAUAUAUAUAUAUAUAUAUAUAUAUAUAUAUAUAUAUAUAUAUAUAUAAUUUGUUAUGUUAUAACAAGAACAUACAAUAUCACUGAAUUAUUUUACAUUGUUUACAGAAAAGUCUACAGGUGGUACCGGUACAUUAUAUUGCUACUAGCUGGUUUUGAACACACUAGAGUAACAUGGUUCUCAACACUAAGAAAGUUGCUAUAACUAUUACAAAUGAUAUAGUACAUGUAUAAAUAUUGUAACCAUCAGAUGUGUGAAAUGUGUGGACAAAACAAAAAAUGUAAGUAAUGGCAGGGAAUAUUAGGUGAAAUAACCACAACCAUUUGAGGAGUGAGCAGAAUAAUGUAUGUAUACCAUUGUGCUCAAGUAUAUUUAACUGUCUCCCUUUGAACUGUGUUGGAAGUACAAGCUUGUACAAUAAAUGUAAACACAACAUUGGGCGCCACACUUGAGGAAAUUUGUCAACCAAUUGUUAAGCCCCAGCUUCUGGUUGAAGUUUCCUGUUAAUUUGCAUAUCCGGUGAAACAAAAAGUCUAAUUCCCUGAAGCUCCGGGAAUAGUUUAGAGUAUGAUUUGUUUACUUUGUCUGAUUUUAAUCUGUCAAAAUUCAUUGUUUAUUUCGUAGGUUUUUCACUUGUAGUAUCUAUAGAGCAAGUCUGUUAAUGCAUAUAUGUAAAUGUACUCUGAGUCUGUUUUUAAUACAGUCCUCAAGAUAUUGUGUUCUUCCGAGGUUACAUUUUCCUCAGAUCUAUAAAGUACAGGGUUUGGGUCAUUGUUUUCCUUUCUGUUGUGUAAAUAAAUCU